CAUCAAUGUCACUUUUUAGAGAUCAAUGAGAUAGUGCAGAUAUACACAGAUCUAGAGACUCCAGGAGACGAUGCGACACACAGCCUGAAAAGAUUUGGAAGACCCAAAAUGAGAACUGAUUAUUGAAUGAAAUUAAAACCUAAGGUAAUUUAAGCUUAGAGACCAUGUUAACGCUACCGUUUGAUGAGUCCGUGGCAAUGCCAGACUCGCAGAUGUGCAGAAAGUUUUCGAGAGAAUGUGAGGACCCGAAGCAAAUUAAGAAACCAGAGAGCUUUUCCAAACAGAUUGUCCUUCGAGGAAAGAACAUCAAAAGGGCCCCCGGAGAGGAAACUGAGAAAGAAGAGGAGGAGGAAGAUAGAGAAGAAGAAGAUGAAAACGGGUUGCCCCGGAGAAGGGGUCUGAGGAAAAAAAAGACCACCAAGCUCCGGCUGGAGAGAGUCAAGUUCCGGAGGCAGGAAGCGAACGCGCGCGAGAGGAACCGGAUGCACGGCCUCAACGACGCUCUGGACAAUCUGCGCAAAGUGGUCCCCUGUUACUCCAAAACGCAAAAACUCUCCAAAAUAGAAACGUUACGCCUAGCCAAAAACUACAUCUGGGCACUUUCUGAGAUCCUGAGAAUCGGCAAGAGACCCGAUCUGCUCACGUUUGUCCAAAACUUAUGCAAAGGUCUUUCCCAGCCAACGACAAACUUGGUGGCAGGCUGCUUGCAGCUCAACGCCAGGAGCUUCCUGAUGGGUCAGGGUGGGGAGGCUGCGCACCACCCCAGGUCGCCCUACUCUACUUUCUACCCACCCUACCACAGCCCCGAGCUCGCCACCCCGCCAGGGCACGGAACUCUUGAUAAUUCCAAGUCCAUGAAGCCCUACAAUUAUUGCAGUGCGUAUGAAUCCUUCUAUGAGAGCACUUCCCCCGAGUGUGCCAGCCCUCAGUUUGAAGGUCCCUUAAGUCCUCCCCCAAUUAACUAUAAUGGGAUAUUUUCCCUGAAGCAAGAAGAAACCUUGGACUAUGGCAAAAAUUACAAUUACGGCAUGCAUUACUGUGCAGUGCCGCCCAGGGGUCCCCUUGGGCAGGGCGCCAUGUUCAGGUUGCCGACCGACAGCCACUUCCCUUACGACUUACAUCUGCGCAGCCAAUCUCUCACCAUGCAAGAUGAAUUAAAUGCAGUUUUUCAUAAUUAAUGAGGAAAAUGAAAAUAAACAGUGGUCAUUCACCUCUCCCCCCCCCCUGCCCCCGUCUAAUUAAGACAAGGCAGAUGCUUGUGGGCUGAGUAAUUGGCACAACUCGAUCUAAGGUGUUUCCUAGUUUCUGAAGUGCGUUACAACUAUUGUGAGAAUUUUUUUAUGUAAUAAUAAAUCUUUUUCGUAUGAGAA